UUAACUACAUACAUACAUACUUAAUUUUGUAGUCAACAAAACUCUCGAGUCAUUAAGAUAGCAUACUAUCGAGUACGCGCAGUGACCAAGUCGAUAAUUUGAUAAUAAUCGUACUUCUAAUAUAAAGAAAUGUUAUUUUACGGCUUACAGUUUUUCAACUUUGCCACUGUAGCCCUACGGACGUUUUCAACGGAAGCUAUUCAAAAAAUGGCAGAUACCGUAACAAAUCCACAAAAUCCUAAAGAAGCAAAAUCCAUUUACGAGUUUAACGCAUUGGACAUUAACGGACAAGCAGUUUCGUUCGAAAAAUAUCGCGGACACGUUUGUAUUAUCGUUAAUGUUGCGUCUCAAUGUGGAUUCACCAAAAAUAAUUACGCAGAACUUGUCGAACUUGAUGAAUUAUAUGGCGAAAGCAAAGGCUUGAAAAUAUUGGGAUUUCCAUGCAAUCAAUUUGGGGGGCAAGAACCUGGCGAUUCCGCCGAAAUAUGCAGCUUUGUUUCGAAGAAAAACGUCAAAUUUGAUAUGUAUGGAAAGAUUGAUGUUAAUGGGGGUAAUACACAUCCCUUAUGGGUUUAUUUAAAAUAUAAACAAGGUGGUACUUUGGGGGAUUUCAUCAAGUGGAAUUUUACCAAGUUUAUUAUUGACAAAAAUGGGCAACCGGUUGAAAGACAUGGACCAAGUACUAAUCCAAAGGAUUUGGUGAAAUCACUUGAGAAAUAUUGGUAGAAUUCCAUUUAUUAUUGUAUAAGCUCCAUAUAUUUAAAAAUCUUGUAUUUUAUUAUUAUAUUUUUGCUGGGAUGGAUUUAGAUUUAGAAUGAA